AUGAACGGUAUUUUUGCUAUAGAAAAGCCCAGUGGUAUUACCUCAUCUCAAUUUUUGUCUCAAGUUCAAAAACUUUUUAUGAAAAGUAAGAUAUUUCAACAUGAAAUAGGUGAACAAAUCAGAGAAAGAACUGAGCAAUAUAAACGUGAAACAGGCGGUCGUUUACCAUCCAGGAAAAUGCUACGUAAAUCAUCAAAAAUAAAAAUGGGACACGGUGGCACUUUAGAUCCAUUGGCUUCAGGUGUAUUAGUUAUUGGUAUUGGUAAGGGUACCAAACAACUGUCACAAUAUUUACAUGGCACUGUAAAAUGUUAUGAGGCUGAAGCACUUUUGGGAGCAUCCACCACUAGUGGGGAUUGUGAGCCAAAUGGCGAAAUUAUUAGUUUGAACAGCGUGAAUUUUUUAAAAUCUUUAACUAAUACUGAUUCAAUAAUUGACGAUUUGACCCAAAAAUUUAAAGGUCAUUUAAAACAAACACCGCCCAUUUUUGCUGCUUUGAAAAUGAACGGCAAGCCAUUACACGAAUAUGCUCGUGAGGGAUUACCUUUACCGAAACCAAUUGAGCCUAGAGAAUUGGAAAUUUCUGAGCUGGUUAUUAAUAAGGAGGAUUUUUUAAGUACUAGUCAUAAUUACAAAUUUUUACCGAUUACUGAUUCAUUAUUAGAGGAUUUAACUAAACUUGAGGAAAAUAAUGCUAACAAUGGAACACCAUUGUUUUAUUCUAAAGAAUACUGUGAGUCGCAUAAUUUGCCCAUCGACAAGGAUAAUAAACCCAAGGACACACAUCCUAUUACCAGAGAAGAAGCUGAACAUAUUAUGAAGUUAUCUACUAGUUACAGGGCACCUUUAUUACAUUUUAUUGCCAAAGUUUCUUCCGGGACAUAUAUUCGUUCAUUAAUCACAGACAUGGGGAAAUCAUUGGGUACUUCUGCCUAUAUGGUUAAGUUGAUAAGAUUAAGCCAAAAAGAUUGGGAUUUAACCAAAAAUAAUGUUUUCAAAUUGGAGAAUUUCGUUGAUGUUGAAGAAUCCAUUUGGAGCAAAGUAUUGAAAAAGGUUUUGGAUGAAGGCCCAUCUGUUGAUAUUCAAAGAGAAAUUGAAACAUUGACAUUAGAAAGUAAAGAAAAAGAACAGGUGGAACAAGAAGGUUGUCCUGACACGAAGAAACAUUCUAUAGAGAUUGAGGAAGAUAUUGAACACCCUGAUAAAAAAAGAAAGGAUAUAUAA